UAUUUUUGAAGUGUAUAGGAAGAAAAGUAGUAUCAAGACCAAUCUUUUUCCCACUGCUCCAAUAUCAUUUCCUUUUACCUCCUUAUGAAGAAGCCAUUUUCACUGAAGCUUUAAUUAUCUCAUUGGGUGCAAAAUGAAAUGAAGGGCUUUAAAUAUGAGGAGGGUAGGAUAUGCUCUAGAGGAGCCCAAAUCCUUCUUUGGUUGAAACUUGAACUGGGGAUCAGCGUGGUUACUGGUUAGAUGAUGGGUACUAGGUUUUUAGUUUGGGGUAAGGCCAGGUGUUGAAGUACUGGUGGCGUCAUCUUUGGCUGGCUUAAUUAGGGCACUGUUUGGGGUCUGUUUAACGGUUGAUAAACAUUUUCAAUAUUAUGUUUUUGUUUUUAAUCUUUUUGGCUAGAAAAUAUUCACGAGGGAAAAUUAAAUAUUAUUUUAAAGGUGUUGUAUGUCUUUUUCUCUUUUUGUUUUUUUUUUAAAGAAGUAUAUUUGUUAUUGUUUGCCAGACUGAAAAUUGGAUAGUUAACACUAUUUUUAUUGGUCAUCCUAACUCUGGUUAAUUGAUAAUUCGGGUUGUUAUUAAAUGACUAAUAUAAAUAUAAAUUGAUCAGUUCAGGAUUUUUUAUUUUAAUGUUAGAAAAUUAAAAUCUAUAUUUCAAUAAAGCACAAUUUGUACACAUGUAAAAAAAAAAAAGAGUUUUUUUUUUUAAUUUUAAAAUAAAUUACUUGCAUAUAUAAAACAUAUAUUUAAAAGUAUUUGCAAGGUAUGUUGGUUGAGGCUUGAGAGAGACUUGUAAGAGAAUAGCAUUUAAAACUGUAUAAUUAUUAUUCGAUCAUUGAUGAUAUCUCAACCAGACUUGUUGACUUGCUUUGUGGGACUAAUGUAUUGGCUCAUAAGUUCACAUUAUAUUAAAAUCACUUCUAAAUUCAUAUUAUUCUUAAGAAUGAACUGGUUGUUGACAUUUUAACAUCGCUAUAUAAUUAGGCAGUCCCAAAUCAUAUACUGAGGACCAUCCUUUCUAAUUACUCUACCAUUUUGCUUGGUUAAUUUGCAGUUAUUGGGACUUGUCGAACAAAAAUCGAUUUGAUAAUCCAAAAAACAAACCGAAAUAGAUGAUAAGUGAUACUUAGUUUGGUUUUGUGCUUCCAAAUUUUCGAUUUUCCUCGCCCACUUUUGUUCCUUUACAUGCCAAAUGGAGGAUUGAUCAUCAAACUUCUUGUGAAGCCCGUGACUUCAUUUGAUCGUUUUUCUUUAUGUGUCUUCUGCGUUGCCAAUAUUGAGCAUGCUGCUCUUCGAUCAUAAUGAGGACUAGCUAGGAGGUAUAUAUAAUGCGCACUAACACUAAAAAGGGAAGAAGAGAGUAGAAGAACCUGGAAAAUUCAAAAUUGUUCACCGAUUUUAAUUAAUAAGAGUAGAUGGAUUGAGCAAGUUUUGGAGGCCAACCUCACCAACCCAACCCCUCUGUCCCUUUCCCUCUCAUGCCACAGGUAAUGUUUGGUUCCCUGACCAGUGGCCUACCUUCAUCCACAUCACCUUGCCCCCUCAAUCUGCAGAGCACACCAAUUUCCAAAAGAACAUUCAAACACCCUCUCUCUUUGGUAGAACAUCUUCCAUUGAAAGAGCUUUAGCGUAUGAACCAUCUCCAAUGACUUGUCACCAUUUGUUGUUGUCAAAUGUCUCACCGUUUUAUUAAUGAAUUAUAGUACAAGUCAACAUUGCACCCAGCCUUCUUUAGUAUAUAUUACCAUGGUUUCCUCAUUACAGGGCCAAUCAUAGUGUCUCUUAUUGAAUUAGUACUCUUCCAUAUCAAUUAUCAGGUAUCUUUCAAAAAUUCUGAGUUCCUGGAAAUUCAUCUUCUGCAUCAGCUAUAAACAAUGGUUUUGGAUCUUGGAGAGUGUCUUGCCAUGGAGAAGGCAACCAAGAAGAGGUUUGAGCUUGAUGUGAAGCAAGGGGCGCCAACUCUGGUUCCUCCUGCAGAGGAAACUGAAAAGGGUCUUUACUUCCUCUCAAACCUUGACCAGAACAUCGCUGUGAUUGUUCGAACCAUUUACUGCUUUAAAUCAGAUUCGAAGGGUAACGAGGAAGCUGCAGAAGUUCUUAAGAGUGCUUUGGCAAAAGUUCUUGUGCACUACUACCCACUUGCUGGAAGGCUCACAAUCAGCUCGGAAGGAAAGUUGAUUGUGGAUUGCACAGGGGAGGGUGCUGUUUUUGUCGAGGCCGAAGCUGACUGUGCAAUGGAAGAGAUAGGGGACAUAACGAAGCCUGAUCCUGUGACUCUCGAGAAGCUUGUUUAUGACAUUCCUGGAGCCAAAAACUUGCUGGAGAUACCUCCUGUGGUUGCUCAGGUGACAAAGUUCAACUGUGGGGGAUAUGUUCUUGGGCUAUGCAUGAACCACUGCAUGUUUGAUGGGCUUGGUGCCAUGGAAUUUGUGAACUCUUGGGGGGAAACAGCCAGAGGCUUGCCCUUGAAGGUGCCUCCCUUUCUUGACAGAAGCAUACUUAAAGCCCGAAACCCGCCUAAUAUAGAGUUUGCUCACCACGAAUUCGCCGAGAUUAAGGACAUAUCAGACACCACAAAGCUCUAUGAAGAAGAAAUACUCUACAGUUCCUUCUGUUUCGAUCCUGCCAAGCUUGAAACACUCAAGAUGAAGGCCAUGGAAGAUGGGGUUUUAUCCAAGUGCACCACAUUUGAAGCCCUCUCAGCCUUUGUAUGGAGAGCUCGAAGCCAAGCACUGAAUCUUCGACCCAAUCAAGAGACGAAGCUCCUCUUUGCUGUUGAUGGGCGGUCUAGAUUUGACCCGCCAAUACCAAACAGGUACUUUGGAAAUGGUAUUGUGUUGACAAAUUCUCUGUGCAGUGCAGGUGAGCUUAUGGAUAAUCCAUUAUCGUUUACGGUAGGCCUAGUUCAGAAAGCAGUUGCGAUGGUUAAUGAUAGUUACAUGAGGUCUGCUAUAGAUUAUUUUGAGAUAACAAGAGCAAGACCUUCUUUGGCAGCCACUCUUCUGAUCACAACUUGGUCUAGGCUAUCUUUCCACACCACAGACUUCGGAUGGGGAGAGCCUCUUCUCUCAGGACCCGUUGCUUUGCCUGAGAAGGAGGUAGUUUUGUUUUUGUCUCAUGGGAAGGAGAGGAAAAGCAUAAAUGUGCUUCUUGGUUUGCCUGCUUCUGCAAUGAAGACCUUCGAAGAGCUCAUGCAGCCAUAGGAAGAAAACUAAAACUAGUUGAUGAUGCUAGUUUGUCAUGAUUUCUUCCAAGAGUAUAGAUUUAUUCUUCUGGUGGAUUGUGUGCUAUUCACUUCAAAUUAGCUGAAUGGAGAAAGAAGUUGAGAAGACAAUAUGUGAGUAUAUGAUACGAAAGAUGAAGAUGCUAAUGAAUUACAGUACAAUGUGCAGCAUAAGUGCAAAUUUGUGUUCCCUGUUUGUUUUGUUUUCUAUUUUGUUUACUUCCUUUGAUGUAAGUGAAUGUUCUAUAUAAGUAGGGAGCCAGAGGUUUCCACUAUAUUCAUCAGCUCGAGGUCUUUUGGCUUCUGUAUUAACUGUUAUUGAGAGGUUUAUACUUUGUUCUCUACUGUAAUGUUAUUGUAUUGAAUUCUAGCUUAAUGAACAAGGAUAUCUCUUAAAAGUCUAAA